CUGGACAUUUUGUUUUCUAAUAAUGCAUUAUUCCUAAAACAAUAUGUGCUCAUUUUCGAGAAGAGCACGUUACAUGAGUUAAGGAGUGCGAUUGAUCAACCAAUUAAAGUUUUACAAGGAGAAUUUAGUCCAGAGAAACACCAUGAUUACGAUUGGGCCAGAUACGCAAUGUAUACGAUUUUACAGGAGUAUGAAACUGGGUCCCUUAGGAAAGACCAUCAUGAACGGUGGUAUAAUAUGCAUCUCUGGUGUCCCAUUGUUGAUAGAUGCUUCUCCUAUGUUGACGAUAUGGAUACGAUUCGUGACGAGUCUUGCAGCAUUGCUUCCGGCAUACGAAAGAAUGCCAAUCGUACCGCAUCUGGAGUAAAUAAGAUGGAAAGGCAAAAGGUUGGUCGGAGGGGAGAUUUCAUAUUGAGAACAUCAUCGAAUUUGGAAUUUGGCGGUGCGGAAGCUGGCAGAACCUAUAAAACGGAUAAAGGCACAAAGUGGCUCGUGGAAAGCGGACUUAAGCUGCCGAAAUUAUUAAAGGAUAUGAUUGUUCAAUUAGCAAGUAAUGCUGAAUGGUCAACACCGGUGUUACGUAAUUUGAAAACAAUCGGAUUUGUACACGCAGACUGCAGGCAAAUGUUGCUGGAGUUAGAUUGCCCUGAAGGGUACGUGUGUCGUUUGAGUCGUGGUAACAUCUUCAAAGUGGCCGACUCUAUCGUUACACAUACUACCGAAACGCUGCCACUAAUUGCAGUAACCUGGAGAGCUAAGGAAACUAUUCAAGAAUGCCUCAAUAUAGUUCGGAGACGCACUGUUAAGAUUGAUGAUGAAAAAGAAGUAUUAAGGAUUAUACGAUCUGCUGGAUCGAACAAGCCUUCUAAGAUGGCAGAUAAUAAUAUAAUUAUUCCUGAUUGCUUUGGAACUCCGUUGAAAAAAAAAGCGAUAUUGAAUCAAAAAAAUAGCUUUUCCUGCGCCUAACUUACCAUCACAUUACGUCCAUGUCCCACUCAAUAUUAAAAUUGCAUUUUACUAUAUUUCUUUUAUCUUGUAAUUGCUUUAGCGUUCUUAUUAUUUUUUUCUCUGCCUUCAAAUUU